UGGUAGAGACUUGCCUUUUAGUGGACCAGCAGUCCGAUUGCAGAAAAUAGCUAAAUUGUGCGUGUUUUUCAAGCAGCUAUAAGUUAUCGAGAAAUAAGUUUUCUAUGAUUCCAAGGAUUUAAAACAGCUCUGUCUGGAAAUACAUCAACCAUACCGGGAGAAAGUUUAUCGUUUGGCACGAUGUUGGAAAUUAGCAGUCGAAUGGUGUCGUUAUACAGUAAAGAUGGUUUAGUCUUAAGGAAAAUAUUUGAAAAUUGUGUCGUAGAAAUAUUGAAAAAUAUAUUCGCAGUACCAGUAUUGUAUCCAAACCAGGGGAGGAAAAAAAGCAUCUUAAGGCAUCUCGGUCGUUCUUCAUGCGCUCCGUGAAUUGGUGUAUGUACACUGUUCAUUUUCAACCAGUGACAUGCUAGGAUGAAUUGAAAGGCAUUCGCUGAACGAUUGCCCUGCCCGGUUGGCUGUGGUUGUGUGCAAAUGUUGAUCGAUUUACGAGUUACUUCUCAAACGCUGUGCCUGUGUCGGCUGCUGGGUGAUUGCCUGUGCCAAGUAGGAGAAGGCUUACAGAUCCUAGACGCAUGAUGAAAAGUGUAACAUUGUUUCUGCAUUAUUCAGAGGGCUUUCCCGUUCAGUUUCAUACUUUUAGGUAUAAUCAAAUAUUAAAUCAUUUUGUGGUUUGAAUUUUCUGAAUGGUUGAAUAAAUCAUUCCAUCAGUUCUGUACCGUGAACGCAGCAGCGACUCUACCAAUUAGUCACAUUUCGAUUAGACCGUUGCCGUAUUUGCUUUGGCUAGCGGCUGACAUGAUAGGGUAGGAUAAAAGUGCCAUGCAUGUAGUGUGGCUUGAAAUAUUCACAGCCUUAAAGUACGGGCAGCCGUUCCUGUGUGGCCGGAAAUUGAUGCCAUGCCAAGGCGAGUAUCCGAGCUUCAAUCGGAUUUCAGUGAGGGUGUUACAUAAUUUAUGUUUCUUAGCAUUACUAGGGUGUUACAUACCUAGCAACGAGACCACUGAGGGGGGCAGUGUGACUCCGUGUACCGGAUACUUUGUUGGUGUGCGUUGGUUCUUCUUGCACGUGUAAGUUGCCGUGUUUUGGGCAGUUUUAUUUCAGGGAUGUGGUCUUGUGAGAGCACAUCAUCAUUAGGAUAGGUUUUCAGGUUUUAGCUGAAGUUUCUUUGAUCUGGACAACGCAUGGGCCUAGGUGGUGACAAAAAGCCCAAUAUACCAUUAGUAAAAUCACACACGAAACAGACCUUUUCCCUGUUGGGCAAUGAUUAAGUGUAGGCUUCAGUUUUUGUUCUUCGACAUUGUGCGACAAACGUUUAUAUAUUAAAGCUAUCAGUGUGUUUUGUGUAUCUCUACAAAUGAAACGUACAUUUUUAGGUACAUUUGUCAACUAAAAAUUAUUCGUUUUUGAUGGUGUUAUUUGAGAUAGUUUUCGUUAAAAAAUAAUAUAAAUAUUAAAGGAUGUUAAAUAUCUUUGGCCUUGUUACUAUACAUCAUAUUUGUUGAUUUUACGAGCUCCGAUUCUAAUUUAUCUUUCAAUUUCUAGUGCAUUCCACAUUUCUAAACUAAACUAAGCCUCAACCUCAGCUCCUCCUGUGUACUGCUACUAACCGACUAAUAGCUGCGCUUCUUCCCACAAGUUCCUGCCACCGCAAAAUGUUUGUGACUUUGGCCAAGAUUUUACCACAUGCAGCGCAUCCACCUACGAAUGCUGUGGUAACCAACCCGGCGACGUUAGUUUCGUGGCGGAUAACGACAGCAAUAACCGUUAUCAUUUAUUCCAUUAUGGAAAUAUUUAAAUAGGAUUUUAUCAAAACCCCUUUUCUGCAACGGUCAACGGGAAAUGAACCGGGAAUACCGGGCACCCGGCAACGGGGACUUGGAAUGUAUGUGGUUGUUGUGUGAUUGUCGUCGAGUUCGAGGACGCCAUUGGCAGUUUACUAAUGCUACAACCGUGUGCGGCUGUAGCUUCUGGCUAAAAGCUGGUGGAAAAUAAGCAUCCGUGUUACUGCCGCAAUGUAGCCGUACAAUGGUAUAAGAAAAACCACAGCCCUGUUGCAAGCGUGCACUUUAGACCUGUGCACCGUUCUGGCUUAGAACGGUAUGUGCUGUCUUGCAAACACUAAAGACGUUGGAGCUUUUUUAUCGCUACUGGGGCGAGUUUCGGGGCGGGUGUUUAGUAGUUUAGUUUCUUUUUUCUGUUUGUUCCUUCUUUAAUAUUACAGACGGACGGAAAGUUCAUAUCUAAUCCUGUUUCAGCUGCUGCACCAGGUCCGGACGAUUGUCGGGAUUAGUAAAUGGUCCACAACAUGAGCAAGGUUGAUGGUUUCUGGGGAAUUGCAAAGACAUAACUAAGCUAGAUGUUCCAAUUUUGUCACUCCCAGUGAAAGAGCAUGCAAAAGAAGUUUUUAUGCUGAACAUUUUGUGCUAAUGCUUUUUCUCGUACUCUAGUUGUUGCACCAAAUAAACAGUACAACGGUGGUUAUGAAAGUGAAUGCCAAUUUAAUUAAAAUCCACCACGUUUACUGUCGGUAUGGUUCGCAGUUACUUUUAUGCUAUUACUUAUUCUUAAAAUGUGCAUAUAAGUUAAAAGCUGCGAGUGUAUUCGUUUAUAAUUGUAAAACUGUGGAAAAUAGUGGUAAAUAGUUUUCGUCCGUGCUUGGCAUGUGAUGCAAUUGUUCACCAGCAAUGUGUGUAAGUACGUGAUUUGAAGUCCCUUCCGCUCUGGAUAAGCAUACAACGAUGAAGUAGCAAGGCAACGGCAACCCUGCGGCAUAAGAUAGUGAGCAGAAAUGCUUGCACAACAUUUCUCUGUACAAAAGAGUAGAGCUUUAAUUUAAUUUCUAUCGAUCGUGCAGUCUAAAUUUAGCUUUAAUAACGUAAUGGUGCACUGUAACAGGAUUCCUCAUUUUCUGUGCCAUAUCGCUUUCAGGAUGUUGAGCCUAAUUGACUCUAAACUGGGCGCACUAGGCAGUAGAACGGUUUUACGAGAGUGACCGAUCCAGACUGGCCAUCAACUGCUGAACUGCUGAAGGCGAUGCUGUACCUUCGGUAUGCUCUCAUUGGAUGGAUUCGGAUCUAUCCUUAGUUACUAACUAACAUCACACAUUUUUAUUGUUUCCCCGUAAUGUACGUACAGCAGUGUGCACCAUUUAAUGCACGCUCACGUGGUCACUGAAACGAAAGUAUCGUUUUACGGUGUACGCUAUGGAUUCCAGUCCAUUAAAAACAAAUUGCCUAAAGUAAACAUUUGAAUUACGACCUUCCUACAAGAUGGGUUUGUUUUUCAUUAUGUCAAGUCUUACAGGCAGGGCAUGAUAGGUUUACCACUGCUAUCUUACAUGUGGAGAAGAAUAUUUAGCCGCAUCGUUGGGAGGGCAUGAAGUGUACGUAUUAUACACGUACAUUGGAUUUGGUCUAGGCUAUUGUACUAUCGGUGAUAAGACAUUUUUUUCCAUUGUGUUGUGCAUUGGGAGAAAGUACUGAGGCGUAAAGUUGCAGAUGAUACGGUAGUGUGCCAGUAUUGGGUUACGCAUGAUGUAAACUGAUGAAUGAUAACCAGCAGUUAUGUGUAUUGCGUUAGAUUUUCUGCAAAUCAUUGCAAUGGAGCAGUUUCACAACAAGAUCUUGUACAUCGUCUGGAUAUUGUCUAGUCUCAAAGGCUUUUUUGGCACGAUGUAGUAGCCCAAGAAGAUGAGUCAGCGGAGCAGGAAGCUCCGCUUCAGCCAGGAGUGAGCAAAUAAGUGAGCAAGGGCUGCUAGUAUAAUUACAGAAAGAUGCAUGCCGUCAAAGUAGGCGCGGUGUGGCUUUCUACUGUGACGUAUAAACGUUCCCAGCCUGCCUGCUGGGACCAUAAAUUACUCGAUGGAAGAAGCCCGACACAUUUGGGUGGCAGCUGUGGAAGUUGUUGCUAGUUAGUUGCAUAUUGAGUAAUCGUUUACUCGGUUGUUUUACUCACAUUCGCGCACGUUGGUCGAUCGAGUGUUUCGAGGUAUCGACGCAGGGAAGGUGAGCACGGGAGAGAAGAAAAGGUAUCUGCUGCUGGUGUUAGACGGUGGCUGCCAAGUCAUGCCAGAAAUUGCCGCGGGGAGUGGUGUCCAAACUGAACGAGAUCGCACACGGCAGCAGGAAAAGCAGGCGUUUCUUGGAAUGAAGCUGGUAGAAACCAUUUGCUGCCUGAUUUGCGCCGGGCUGCACAUCCAGGGAUUCCUGCACUAUCCGGAACCGUUUCCCCACGAGAUGUUGUUCUGCGGUCUGUACGCCAGCUACUUUCUGAUCUCGUUCUACUCGUUCCUGUUUCUGUACAAGGGCUGCUGCGGGUUAAACUACACCGUCGAGGCGAUAGUGUCGGGCGCUGCGUUCCUGCUGUUCGUGGUGUCUGCGUUUGUUUCGAUGUACCACGCGGAAAAGGACAUCCAUCUUCAGUACCUGACGGAUGAGGAGGAAUGGUAUCACCCGUUUUUUGUUUAUUGCCGAUUACAAAGCUUGGGUGCAACAAUUACGGCACAGAUGUUUCUGGUGCACUGUUCACUUGCGCUGGAUUUGGCCGGGCUGCUUGACCGAUGGUUUGGACGACUCAGUGGCCGUCGGUCGGUUGCCGAGGGCGGUUUUUCGACGGAGGAUGUGCAAGCAAGUGGAAGAUUGAAAAUCAACCCAUUCUGGAUGCCCGCAUGGAAAGCUAUUCUCAAACGACUCCCAUGCGACUGUAAGACCGAAUCUAGCGGUUGAGCGAUGGCCCUGAAAAUUAUAUAGAUUCAAUUCGUAGUUGAAUAACUGCUAUUAUUAAUAAUAAAGUUUUCAAACGAAAGUUCGAAAAUAUUUAUUCUUGCUGUGUACAGGUAAGUGUAAAUUGUGUGAAAGUU